CCAAUCGGCUUAAUAAUCUCAAAUCGCAAAAAAAGAAAAAAACGAAAACAAAGAAAAGAAAGAAGAAAAAACACUUGAGAAUCUGAAAAACACACACAAAAAGGGGUUUUGAAAGCUUUUAAGAGCAUUAAUCUUUGCUCAACUGAAGUUUUAGCAGAAGAAUGAUCCUUUGUUUCAAAAUCAUCAUUUAGAGUUUUCCUCUCCUGCUCUCUUCUCUUUUCCCUCUUUGAGCAAAAAACAGAUUCGUUGAAGAACUCCGUUUCCUUCAAACAACAAACAAAGAAAAAAGGAAAACAAUUUGUACUUUUUUUUCUUUCUGGGAACCAUGAAGGCUCCAUCAAAUGGAUUUCAUCCCAAUCCAGCAGAAGGAGAGAAGAAAGCAAUCAAUUCUCAGCUAUGGCACGCUUGUGCUGGUCCUUUGGUUUCAUUGCCUCCUGUUGGAAGUCUUGUUGUUUACUUCCCUCAAGGACAUAGCGAACAAGUUGCAGCAUCUAUGCAGAAGCAAACUGAUUUUAUACCAAACUACCCAAAUCUUCCUUCUAAGCUCAUUUGCUUGCUUCAUAGUGUUACUUUACAUGCUGAUACCGAGACCGAUGAAGUCUAUGCACAAAUGACUCUUCAACCUGUGAAUAAGUACGACAGAGAAGCACUCCUAGCUUCUGAUAUGGGUCUGAAGAUAAACAGACAACCUACUGAGUUUUUCUGCAAGACACUUACAGCGAGUGACACCAGCACUCACGGUGGUUUCUCUGUACCACGCCGUGCUGCUGAGAAAAUAUUCCCUCCUCUUGAUUUCUCGAUGCAACCCCCUGCACAAGAGAUUGUAGCUAAAGAUUUACACGACACUACAUGGACCUUUAGACAUAUAUACCGAGGCCAACCGAAAAGACACUUGCUUACCACUGGUUGGAGCGUUUUUGUUAGCACAAAGAGACUAUUCGCUGGUGACUCAGUUUUGUUUGUAAGAGAUGAGAAAUCACAGCUGACGUUGGGUAUAAGACGUGCGAAUAGACAAACACCGACUCUUUCCUCAUCGGUCAUAUCAAGCGACAGUAUGCACAUUGGGAUUCUGGCAGCUGCAGCUCAUGCCAAUGCCAAUAGCAGCCCCUUUACCAUCUUCUUCAAUCCAAGAGCAAGUCCUUCAGAGUUUGUAGUUCCUCUAGCCAAGUACAACAAAGCGUUGUACGCUCAAGUAUCUCUUGGAAUGCGGUUCCGGAUGAUGUUUGAGACAGAGGAUUGUGGUGUUCGAAGAUAUAUGGGUACAGUCACCGGUAUUAGUGAUCUUGACCCUGUCAGAUGGAAAGGCUCCCAAUGGCGUAACCUUCAGGUAGGAUGGGAUGAAUCAACAGCUGGAGAUAGACCAAGCCGAGUAUCUAUAUGGGAGAUUGAACCAGUUAUAACUCCGUUCUACAUAUGCCCUCCUCCAUUUUUCAGACCUAAGUACCCGAGGCAACCAGGGAUGCCAGAUGAUGAGCUGGACAUGGAGAACGCUUUCAAAAGAGCAAUGCCUUGGAUGGGAGAAGAGUUUGGGAUGAAAGACGCGCAGAGUUCAAUGUUUCCUGGUUUAAGCCUGGUUCAGUGGAUGAGUAUGCAGCAGAACAACCCUUUGUCAGCUGGUGCUGCUACCGCUCAGCUACCAUCUUAUAACCUACCUAACAAUUUUGCUCCCAACGACCAUUCAAAGCUGUUGAACUUCCAAUCCCCAAACCUCUCUCCUGCGAAUACGCAGUUCAACAAACCGAACAUGGUUAGCCAUAUCAGUCAACAGAUGCAAGCACAACCAGCCAUGGUGCAAUCUCAACAACAACAACAACAGCUGCAGCAACAAGUACAGAUGUCACAUCAACAGCUGCAGCAACAUCAUCAUCAUCAGCAGCAGCAAGGGGGUUAUAACACAGGUUCUGUAAACAAUGGAGUGAGUGGUGUUUCUAACCAAGUCUCUUGUCAGAAUCAGUCUACUGGUUUUACUCAGUCUCAGCUUCAGCAGCAGUCAAUGCUCUCUAAUGGUGCUAAAAUGACCCACCAGAACAUGGUUUCCGCUGGGAAUAAGGCCUCGUCUCAAAUGACAGCGCAAGAAUUGCAGUUUCAGCAGCAAUUGGAAUUGCACAAUAGUACGCAAUUAUUGAGAAACCAGCAGGAACAGUCGUCUAUGCAUCCGCUACAACAAACUCUUUCCCAGAAUCCUCAGCAACUCCAGAUGCAACAGCAACAACAACAAUCAUCAAAACCAAGCCCCUCACAACAGCUACAGUUGCAGCUACUGCAGAAAUUACAGCAACAGCAGCAGUCAACUCCUCCUCUGGUAAGCUCGUCCUUACAGCCACAGUUACCGUCGUUGCAACAAACACAAAGCCAUCAACUGCAACAACUUCUGUCCUCUCAGAAUCAACAGCCCUUGCCACAGAGUAAUAACAGCUUCAUGCAGCCUCCACAGAUUCAGGUGAGUCAUCAUCAGCAACAAGGAUAUAUGAAUAAUAAUAAUAAGCCUGUAGCCGCUGGAAGAUCACAGUCUGGUCACAUAGAUGGAGAAGCUCCUUCUUGUUCAACCUCCCCAUCCGCCAAUAACACAGGAGGACAUGAUAAUGUUUCACCGACAAACUUCCUGAGCAGAAAUCAACAACAAGGACAAGCAGUAUCUGUAUCUGUACCUGUACCUGUACCUGCAUCUGAUUCAGUCUUUGAGCGUGCAAGCAAUCCAGUCCAACAAGGCAUGGUGAAUUUGAAGAGUGCUACUGAACAGUUCAAGUUUAAAGGCGCAGUAACAGAUCAAAUCGAUGUAACUACAGUUGGAACAACGUAUUGUCCUGAUGUUGUUGGCCCUGGACAGCAGCAGCAGCAGCAGCAGCAGCAACAGACUUUCCCAUUACCAUCAUUCGGUUUUGAUGGAGACCUCCAAACUCACCAUCCAAAAAACAACUUAGCUUACGCUGGUAACCUAGAAGCCGUGAAUCCUGAUGCUCUCUAUUCUCAAAAGGACUUUCAGAACUUAGUACCCAACUAUGGGAAUGCACCAAGAGACAUCGAGACCGAGCUAUCAAGUGCUUCUCAGUCGUUUGGUAUUCCCAGCAUUCCCUUUAAGUCCGGAGGUUCAAAUGAGAUCGGUGGGAUUAAUGAUUCAGGGAUUAUGAACGGUGGUGGGAUCUGGCCCAAUCAGGCUCAACGGAUGCGAACGUAUACAAAGGUUCAAAAACGAGGGUCAGUGGGAAGAUCAAUAGAUGUUACCCGUUAUAGCGGCUACGAGGAGCUCAGGCAUGACUUAGCGAGAAUGUUUGGCAUCGAAGGACAGCUUGAGGAUCCACAAACCUCUGACUGGAAGCUUGUAUACACAGAUCAUGAAAACGAUAUACUGCUCGUUGGUGAUGAUCCUUGGGAGGAAUUUGUGAACUGCGUGCAAAACAUAAAGAUACUGUCAUCAGCAGAGGUGCAGCAAAUGAGCUUAGACGGAGACCUUGCAGCUAUCCCAACAACAAACCAAGCCUGCAGCGAAACAGACAGCGGAAAUGCAUGGAAAGUACACUAUGAAGACACAUCUGCUGCAGCUUCAUUCAACAGAUAGAAAGAAAGAGAUGCAAAUACAUUAAGAAUCAUCUUAAAAGUACAAGCUUUUUGUGUGUGUACCGAGAAGAAGGAUACUGCAACUGCAAGGCAAGGUAUAUAUAGAUUUUUAUAGGACAGUGAUUUGAUGUUUCAUUCUAACUCGAAGUUGUUGUCGUCUUUCUCUUGCUUUUUUUUUUAUAUUUUUAUGUAACCUGUGAACUACUAAAACAGAGGACAAAGUCUAUUAAGAGUGUACCUAUACAGACAAACAAUCAAAUCGUAUUCAGUAA